AUGGACCCGUUGUCGAUAUUCGGCCUCGUUCAGACUUGCUACGAAGUGGGCGCAAAGCUCAUUGAGAUCUGCGAUUGUUGGAAAAAUGCCGAGUCUGAAGUCCAGGCUCGCCUCCUCAAGGUCAGGAGCUGCUGGUUCCGCUCCAGGAGCCAGGUCGAAUUCAUGAGGCGCGUCUCCGCAAUCAUUGAGGACGAUCUGCGAAGGCUGUUCGGGGACCUUAUGAGACAACUCGCGACAUGCUUGCGCGAGGCAUCCGCGCAGCUCAAUUCCGUAAUUCAAAGGGGAGAGGAUGCGAAGCCGGGAUUCCUGGUGUUUGGCGGGCGUGCGAAAAAGGCUGCGUAUGUUUGGAAGAAGGAAGCACUGGACGGUAUCAUUGCGGACAUGGAAGAGUGGCAGUCCCGAUUCGACCCAAGCUGGUUUCUCAUCAUGACCAUCGCGAGCCCGACGAUUGACAACGAACUCAGACGAGCCAGAGCCAGCGCGGGAAUGAUCGAGCGGGCCCCUGGAGGAGCGCCUAGCGCGGCAAACAAUCCUCUGGCACUUGCUUCAGGGCUCCGGACCACGCUAUCAUCUGAUGCAAAGCCGCCGAGUUUUCUCUCGUCGUUUCCGAUGGAGACAGUGGACAUACCUUACUCGGCUCUGAAAAUUGCGCGCCGGACCGGGGACUCGAAGUGGUAUGUCGUCGACAGCAUCGACUGCAGCCCUUAUCCCGAUGUCAAGGCUCUGGCUCGUGAUGUUCGCGUGCUUGCUGCCAGGCUCUCCCAAGCUGACCCUGUUGCAUUCGGGCUCCUCAACUGCAAGGGCGUGAUCGCAGCCUCUCAAACACAGCAACAGGGUGUUCCUAGCCUGGACAGCUCCUCGCCACCUCAACCGGCUGGCGCCAACCAUCUCGCCCCCCUGAACACCUCGAGAAGCAUUUCCCGCAGUCCAUCGCCUAGCAACUACCGCCAGAUCAGCAACUUCACCCUGUUGUUCCGGUUUCCAGAGGGCAUGGAAGUGCUGCAGUCACUGCGGCAGAUGCUGCUCAACUCGGACGCAAACAUCUCGCUGGGCCGCAAGGUGCGCAUUGCCCGGGAAAUGGCAAAGUCGGUGGCCUACGUGCACACAUUUGACUUUGUCCACAAGAACAUACGACCCGAGUCCUUUCUAUGCUUCGAGCCUCCCGAUGGCGCAAGUAGUAGUGGUGGUCUGAGCAGCCACGCUUUCCUCGCGGGCUUCGACGCGUUCCGUGCAGCUACCGGGGCUACAAUGAUGCAUGGCGACUUAACCUGGGACUGCAACGUAUACCGCCACCCGCUGCGUCAGGGCUACAACCCCGCUGAAAAGUACAGGAUGCAGCACGACAUCUACAGCCUGGGUGUGUGUCUGCUCGAAGUCGGACUGUGGGAGCCGUUCGUGGAGUACUCGUCACCGGAGAGUGGCGGACGCAGCGUGCACCCAAUGGCCGGCAAGUCAUUCCAUCAUUUCAAUGCGUGGCUCGAACAGAAGAAUGCGGCUCGUCAGGAUGGUAGUAAGGCCACAUCAACCGAGCGGCAAGGGUUCCUCGACCUGCUGGCUUUCAAGCUAAAAGACUAUCUUGUAGAGCAGGCUGAGACAAGACUGCCAGCACGAAUGGGGGCAAAAUACACCCGAGUUGUCCUGGCGUGCCUAUCGUGCCUGGAUGAGGACAGAUAUCCUGGCGACGAUAGGCAGGUGGCAGUGCAAUACAUUGAGGAUAUCAUGAUGAAUCUUGGUGGAAUAUCCGUCUGA